UGCGUGGUCUCAGCCCCCGAGAGGGGAGGGGCGACAAUUUCUGUCGGCCGAGCAGAAGGGGUUUAAAGGGCGGCUCUUAAAGGGGCCGCAGGAGGGGCCCUGGGUUGACUGUGGCACCCCCUCCCCGCCCGCCUUUCAUCGCCCUCACCCGGAGUCGCCGGGCCAAGGGAAGCAUGCGGAGGAAAGGAAACAUUUGUUGGGGUGGCCCAAGGGACGAAGCCCCCGCAAGUGGGUCUGGGCCUGAGGUGGCGGGUACGGGGCUGGGGGGCAGGGUGUGGUGAGCGGUGACAGCGGAGUUGAGGGGGGAGGCGGUGGGCAUGGGCACGGAAGGGUUAAAGGUGGAGCCAGCCCUACAAACAGGGGCACACACACUCCUUACUCGGAUGGGGUCACACGCGUUUCCCUGGCACUUAGAUGAGGCUGGGAGGGGGGUGCUGGGGCCUGGGCCUGAGCUCUUUUCACCCCGAGCACCUGCGGCCCAGCUUUGGGAGGUCGGGGACCCCUCUGUCUCAACUCACACCACACCGCUGAGCCCCCUCUUAAGCGCACACACGCUCCGGCUCGCGCACACACCUCGGACAUUCCCAUAGUGCCUCACGUGACACAGGGCCCGAACGUGCCCACCCUUCACACACGCUCACGCACGCAUGCACAGACGCGCACACACACACAAACACACACACCCUCCGGCCACUUCCCCAACUCUGUCCCCCGACACCCCCUCAACCCUGAAAACGCGCUCAUUGAGGCAGAGACUGUGACACACCUACACUCAUUCACAGACACACUCCCCCCACACAUGCCAACCACAGCCACACAUUCAUAAAUAGGCCAGGAGAAGUACACACACACAAGCACCCCUUCGCCCACUCUUUGGGAGCCCUGAGUCAUUCCUGCCCCCUCAGGGCUCCCCAUUUCCCUGCAUGCAGCCACCCAAGGAUGGCCUUGGGAAUUCUUUAGCUCCGUCCUGCACUAAUACCCCUCCAUAACACCCUUCUCCACAUUUGUUCCCUCUCUCAGCCAAGGACUUCCUGUAGGUCCCAGGUCAGGGACAGGAGAGCCUGGAUGGUUGCCACAGGCCCUUGCCAGUGGGGGAGGUGUUUCCUUUUCCUGAACUCUGAAAUCCUGGAGGAGGAAGCUGGGAAUUGGGCGGGGGCAGCGGCAGAGGAUGUGCUGACUAUAGGGGGCUGACCCUCAGAGCAGCACUGGGCCUGACCUGGGGAGAAGCUGGGGGUGCCAGAGGCCUGGGAUGAGGAGCUGGGCAGAGAGGUAUUUGGGGAAGCGAGGCCUGGGGCAAAGAAGGGGCUGAGGUAGGGAGCCAAGGGCAGGCUGAGGUCUGGUCCCCAUGCCAGGACAACCACUCUGUCCCCUCCACAGACCUCCCUGGGCUCCGGAAGGAGCUCCUCCCUGCUGCAGGCCUGGCAUAUUUGUCUCUACUUGCAGACAUUCCCUCAUGCCCUCGUCUUCACCUGAUCCCAGCCCCUUCCCCUAAAGUCAGCAGAGAAGAUGGGGUUUAGUAGUCUGGGAAGGGGCUGUGGGAGUUUCCCCACUGAGCUCAGGGCAGAGAGCUUCCAGGCUGCAUCUCAGAUGGCUGCAGGGUCCUUCGGACUGGGAUGAUGGGUAUUAGGGACAAGACCCAAGUGGCCCUCUCCACGGUUACUCCUGCUCUCCCAGGAGGCCCAGUGUGGGCCGUGGCCCAGGCUCUUACCAUGGAGUCCAUGUUUGAGGAUGACAUCAGCAUCCUGACCCAGGAGGCCCUAGGGCCCAGUGAGGUGUGGCUGGACGGUCCUGGACAUCCCUCGCUGGGGGGAGACAUGUGCUCUGCCUCCCACUUUGCCCUCAUCACGGCCUAUGGAGACAUCAAGGAGCGGCUGGGAGGCCUGGAGAGAGAGAACGCCACCCUCCGCCGCCGCCUCAAAGUCUACGAGGUCAAGUACCCGCUGAUCAAUGACUUUGGAGAGGAGCAUGGCUUCUCUCUGUAUGAAAUCAAGGAUGGCUCCCUGCUGGAGGUGGAGAAGGUCAGUCUGCAGGAACGGCUCAACCAGUUCCAGCAUGAGUUGCAGAAGAAUAAGGAGCAGGAAGAACAGCUCGGGGAGAUGAUCCAGGCUUACGAGAAACUCUGUGUGGAGAAGAAUGAUCUGGAGACGGAGCUGGGAGAGAUGCGGGCCCUGGUAGAGACCCACCUGCAGCAGAUCUGUGGUUUGGAGCAGCAGCUACAGCAACAGCAAGGCCUCCAGGACACAGCCUUCCCCAGCCUGAGCCCUCCGCCACAGGCCCCUGCCCUGCCCUGUCCUGAUCUGGACUUGCACUACCUGGCACUGAGAGGGGGACCCGGCCUGAGUCACGUGGGCUGGCCGGGCCCCUCGCCGAGCGUGAGCGAGCUGGAGCGGCAGCGGCUAGAAGAAGCUCUGGAGGCUGCCCAGGGAGAGGCUCGGGGCGCUCAGCUCCGGGAGGAGCAGCUUCAGGCGGAGUGUGAGCGGCUCCAGGGAGAGCUGAAGCAGCUGCAAGAGACCCGGGCCCAGGACUUGGCUUCCAACCAGUCGGAGCGGGACAUGGCGUGGGUGAAAAGAGUUGGGGAUGAUCAGGUGAAUUUGGCGCUGGCCUACACCGAGCUGACAGAAGAGCUGGGCCGGCUUCGGGAGUUGAGUUCCCUGCAAGGGAGGAUCUUGAGGACACUGUUGCAGGAACAGACCCGGAGUGGCGGUCAGAGGCACUCGCCGCUAUCGCAGCGCCCCUCCCCGGCCCCCCAGUGUCCCUCCCCAUCCCCACCUAACCGAGCGGCGCCCCCGUGCCAGUCCCCAGCCCCCCAGCGCCGCUCGCCCGUGCCCCCGUGCCCCUCGCCCCAGCAGCGCCGGUCGCCCGCCUCGCCCUCCUGCCCGUCGCCCGUUUCGCAGCGCCGCUCCCCGGUGCCUCCGCCGUGCCAGUCCCCUAGCCCGCAGCGCCGCUCCCCGGUGCCCCCCGCCUGCCCGGCCCCGCAGCCGCGGCCCCCGCCGCCCCCGCCGCCCGGGGAGAGGACGCUGGCCGAACGGGCCUAUGCCAAGCCGCCCAGCCACCACGUGAAGGCGGGCUUCCAGGGCCGGCGCAGCUACUCCGAGAUGGCGGAGGGCGCGGGCUACGCGGGCGCCUCCUCGCCCUGGCUGCAGGCCGAGGCGGCCACGCUUCCCAAGCCCCGGGCCUACGGCGGCGAGCUCUACGGCCCCGGCCGGCCCCUCAGCCCGCGGCGCGCCUUCGAGGGCAUCCGACUGCGCUUCGAGAAGCAGCCGUCGGAGGAGGAGGAGUGGGCUGUGCCCGCCAGCCCACCCAGCCCGGAGGGGGGCACUAUCCGCUGCGCCUCUUUCUGUGCCGGUUUCCCCAUCCCGGAGUCGCCGGCUGCCACCGCCUAUGCCCACGCUGAGCACGCGCAGUCCUGGCCGUCCAUCAACCUGCUGAUGGAGACGGUGGGCUCUGACAUCCGCAGCUGCCCCCUCUGCCAGCUGGGUUUCCCUGUCGGGUACCCGGAUGAUGCCCUCAUCAAACACAUUGACUCCCACUUGGAGAACAGCAAGAUCUAGGGCACCUCCCUCACCCACUGGCUGUUCUUCCACCCUCUCCCCUCACUCCCAGACACUCACUAACUUUGAAUGCUGCAUGAAUAUCGCCGGGGGAGGGGCCUACCCCUUGCGACCCCCAGAUACCUCCACUAGCUAUGAGUCAACAACCUGUGUGCAGUCUUCCCUGGCCCAGGCACCACUCAGCUCUGGCUCUUCCUGGGAGGGCAGCAGAGGCUCUCCCCAACUCUCUGGCUUCUGCUUGGGAGGUGGGGAUCCAGGCUGGGACUAGGAAGGGCAUACCCCUCCCAGGCCUCUUCCUCUGCCUUUCUGUUCUCAAACAGGGUUGGAUCCAAGAAGGUCUCUAGUGUUUGGGCUUGAGGGAGGGGGAGAGUGUCAGAGGCCUCCAGGAGCUCCCCAGCCCAUCCCCAGAUGCCCAUCUUUCCUAGGCUGUGCUGUCCUGGGAGUGCCACCUCUGGGGGUCCCAAAGCCUGCCCUGCACACUGAUGCCAGUUCCUCCUUCCUGUGGUCAGCUCGGGGUCAUGGUGUGGGCCCCCCUGGGGGGGAGGGGCAUCUUGUUUCUUGCCAUUCCCUGCAGGACAGCCCUGUUCUCCUCCUCUGCCCACCCUGGGGAAUAGGAGGGUGGCAGAGGACAGGGAGGACCCUGGAGGACAGGGAAGACCCAGCCUAAAGAGGCUGCCCUGGGGAUCGGGGAGGGGGGGUCCUUGCACCAUGACCCUCAGGCCAGGGUACUGCCAAUGCCAGCUGCCCAGGCCCAGGCCCUCCUCCUGGAGCCCCGCACUGAGGCCCAGAUUGGCAAGGCAGAUGCUCCCGUCCACCCUCAUUGGAGCCCCUGACACCACAGGUGCCCUGGAGCCCAGGUGUGACUCAGCAUCUGUUAGCUGGGUGGAUGUCAUCAGCCCCUGCCUCCCAGGCCAGAGCCUGAGACUGGGCCCAGGGUGCUGUGGAGAUCAACUUCUAAAGAGCUAACCCCAUUCCACACCCCACCGACCCACAUUCCCUCUGUGAAAUCUACCUCAGAGUCGUACCCCUCAGAAGGACGGGUAAGCAGGAGGUCAGGAGGUCCCCAGGGCUGAGGUGGGGCGCUUCCUCCAGUGAGAGCCUGCUGCCCCCACAAAGAAUCCAAUCCCCUCCACUGCCAGCCCUUCCCAGGUCUCAGCCCCGGGCAGGUGGCAGUGGACACUACUGUCAGUGCAUGUCCCGUUCUGAUCCAACUCUUCCAGUCCCCCCCACUCCUCACACCCUUCCUCUGCUCUUCAGUGCGGGGGGGGGAAGGGGUGUGUCGGUGGAGAACGGACCAAGGACUCCAGAGACACAUGUCAUUGUACCCUGAGUGCUCCCCCAGGGAGCGGAAAUGGGAAGGGGGACUGGAGAGGGGAGGCAGGGGCCCCUGUGCUUUCUGAACAAGUUGAAAGUCCAAAUAAAACUUACCUGUUCCAUCUG